UUGACGAUAAUGAGACAAAACGUAGAGAUCCCCUCCAGGUGUGUUCAGACACACGUAUAUAAAAUACUCUGCUUUGGACAAUCAUUUGUUACCGAUGCCGCGCUUUGCAUAAAAUCCCACACAAUUCUGCACCGUGAAGCUCAACCGUCCAGUUUGAACCCGCGAUGAUAGUCGUCCGCUCCAGCAGGUGGCGCCAAGUUCCCGUGCUCAUCCCAGGGCUGCCGGCGGAAAGCUCACCGAGCGUGCGCCCAGACUUUGACCCGGAAGUGUAGCUGGUAAACAAACGACGCCUCGGAGAGCCGACCGCCGUUUUCCCCUGCGCCCCGCCGCUCCAAUGUCGAAAAUCGAGAUGCUGAGGGUGCUGAUCAACCAGCGGCUCACCGCGGCCGCGGAGGAGAUCUUCGGGGUGUUCGGGAGGACCAUAGCCGAGUACGAGGAGGAGAUCUCACGCUCCAAGCUGGAGAUCGAACGCCAGCGCCGGCUGCUGGACCUCUCCAGGAAGCCUCGGAUAUCUGUGCAGGUCGGCGGCGCAGCUCCCUCUGAGCAGCAGGACUGGAGCUCCAAUCUGGACCCGAAUGAAACGAAACCGCCCCACAUCAAAGAGGAGGAGCUGUGGCCGGCUCAGCAAGAGGAGGAGACGCCUCCGACGACAGAGCAGAACGACGUCAAGUUCGUGUUGUUCCAGAGCGGCGGUGUGAGAAACGAGCAGGACAACGACCGCAUGACUCCCUCGCUCUCAAAGUUCCAGAGCCAGAACCCGGAGGACUCAGAGCUUGACCAGCAGCCGGGGACCUCGGUCCAGCAGACCUGCUUCCAACUCGACGAAGACGCCCCUGAAGCUUCAGAUCUGGCUUCAGGUAACGGCCAGCUCGACUGUGACGAACUGGAAGCUCCGCUGUCCGAGGUGGUGGACUCGUACAUUUGCACCAUUUGCGGCCGUGCGUUCGCUCAGCGCGGCCACUGGGCCAAACACGUACAGGUGCACCGGAAAGUAGAAACCAAAGUCGACAAGUCGUACACGUGUGACAUUUGCGGGAAGAGGCUCACGCGUUUUGACGGUUAUCAGAAACACCUGCGGAUCCACACGGGCGAGAAGCCGUACUGCUGCGACGAGUGCGGCCGCAGGUUCAGCGACAACUCGAAUUACAAACGGCACAUUCGCACACACAUGGGACAGAAAACGCAGCAGAGCUGAGGCUGCGGGACGAGGACAUACUGAGCACUGACACUAACGUGUGAUGAAAAGACUGUUUCGAAAAACGCAUCAAACCUCUGUCAUGACAAGUGGCAACAAGCACAGUCGCGACAUGUCCACGGGGAGCGGACGGGGACACCGCAAAUCUAUGAGGGUCAGUUUUUUUCAGGAAUAGGCGACUGUCCGCUUUCACACAAAAUCGAACUCUCUGUCACCUCACGCUCUCUGCCCCUUGGUGUUGUUAGCAACAUACACUAUAACAUGUUUCUGUUUUCAGAUGACGGGUCAAAUGAUCCAUAUUAACAGCCCACCAGUUCCUGUUGGCUUUUGCUUUGUAGCAUUUAUUUGAUUUGAUUUGACUCAUUUAUGGAGCCACAAAACGCCCCAAUCCAAUGGACAACAUGUGAGGGGGUUACACAUCGUAGGAAACCAUGUAUACACCGAUCAGCCACCGCAGUAAAGCCAGGUGCCGGCUUUCAUGUUGUGGUUGAUCGGCGUAUGUGAGGUUUGCACCUUCUCACCACUCAUUCUUCUCUAAUAAGAACCAGUUUAUGUCUGGUAUGUAGUGAACGGGGUGAUGUUUUGUUUUAAUGCAGAUUGUCCCCUUUUAAAGACAAAGGGAAAAAAAACCCACUUUGAACAGCAGAAAAAAAAUUUUUUGGCACAGUCCACGUUCUGGAUUUGAAAAAUUUCAAACUAAAACCGCUUUAUUGUAACACUGAUGGAUCACAGAGAGUCGGGGGAGACAGAACAGACCAAGAGAAGGAACCAAACAUCUCAGCAAUUUUUUUUUCUACCUUUAAACAAAGGAAGAAGAUUAACAGGAUUUACAAGCAUUUUUCUUACAUCGAUGUUUCAUGUUGGACAGAUACAUGUGAGGGAAACUUUCCACAUGUAAGUGGAUUUUUCAUAUUUAUACACAUCAAUGUGGACAUGGACCAGGACAAGAUAACAAGAGACAAAUGCUCUAUUUUUAUAUCUUAUAUAUUUUAACAGACAUUUAUACACUGGAGGAAACAGGAGUGUUGCAGUCUAUAGAUGCAUCAAACAUAUCUGGUCACACAGCAGCUUGCUGUCAGUUUAGAGUUGCCAGUAUUUGACUUGUAACCAAUAAAGAUCUCCUAAUCUUUUGUUAAUGGUAGCGGAGCAGUGCAGACGUCUGUAGCACAAAAAACAUUCUGGUUUUGAUUCAGUCACAACAACAUGGAGUUUGUAUUUGGGAUGUGUCAGGAACAUUUGAGUCCCAGUUCAGGAUGUCAGCGCAAAUAAACCUGGCUUCCCAGGCAGUCAGCAGUAAAUCAGUGUUGCUUUAACAAGACUGUACGACAUUUACUGAAGUAAUAAAAUCCAAUCAUAAAAAACGUAUUUUCUUGUUUUCUUCCAUGG